GGGUGUCAGAUCUUCCAGCGAGCGGCAGGCUGGAACGAGCGGAGCCUCUUGGUAACCCUCUUUGUGAUUAAAAAAGACAAAGAAGAGAGCAGGGGAACGAGAAGAAAGAAAGAAAAGAUGCAAUGAUUGCGGAUUUUGUUUACAAUGCGUUGCGAUCAGUGGUAAAUCUUAGUCUGGGGCGUGAUUUCAGCACCAGGGGAGAAGAACAGCACCCACUGAAAACAUCGCCACAGCAAGAACAUCGCGAAAUUGUAAAAUUUGCAAGGUCAGUCAUUAUCGAGCCGAGACCAAAAUGUGCUGGGCAAUGUUGCGUUUUAUUGUUUUCCAUUCUUUCCCAAAACGUAAUGGGCUUCUAAACAAAAGGAUGAAUUCGGUGUAAUGAAUUUUUGUGUGCAUUUUGAACUAAAAGUGCAUGUCUGCGCAUAGCUGGAUAGAUGAUCACGAAUGUAAUUACUGACUGUCGUCGUGUUUUUUAGACGGAUGAAUAAUUUAUUUUCACAAUCCCUGACAAAAACAAUUCAAUUCGUUAAUCGCAUUCAUGUCUUGAAAUCGGGGAUGAAUUGUUCGUAUUGAAAAUGCUGCUUUGGAUUGUGUUGCUGAAGGCGGCUCUUUGUGUUGCUACUGGAAAUGUUACAAGGGACAUUUGUAAAGAACAGAUCUGCUCCUGCAAUGAAAUAGAAGGAGAUUUGCACAUUGACUGCGAAAAAAGGAGCUUUUCUAAUCUGCAUCAUUUGACCGGCCCAAGUUCUCAAUUUUACCACUUAUUGCUCCAUGGAAAUUCUUUGUCCAGACUGUUCCCCAAUGAGUUUGCGAACUUUUACAAUGCCGUUAGCUUACAUUUGGAAAACAACGGUUUGCACGACAUUGUUCCGGGAGCGUUCCUUGGAUUGCAGCUUGUUAAACGAUUACACAUAAAUAACAACAAAAUACGGUCUUUCAAAAAGAGUACGUUUUUAGGACUGGAUGACCUGGAAUACCUACAGGCUGAUUUUAAUCUGCUGAGAGAUAUUGACCCAGCUGUGUUCAGGGACUUAAAUAAACUUGAAGUUUUAAUUUUAAACGAUAACCUCAUUAGCGCACUUCCAAACAAUGUAUUUCAACAUGUUCCGAUAACCCAUCUCGACCUCCGUGGGAACAGAAUUAAGACGUUGCCUUAUGAGGGAAUUCUUGAGCAAAUACCGGGAAUAGUGGAGAUUUUGUUGGAGGAUAACCCGUGGGACUGCAACUGUGACCUCGUUUCCCUGAAGGAAUGGCUUGAGAAUAUCCCACAGAAUGCUUUGAUCGGGAGGGUCAUUUGUGAGGCCCCGACACGACUGCAAGGGAACGACUUAAACGAGACAUCAGAAAUGGAUCUGUGUCCUUCAAAGAACGGGGUUGACUCGAGUUUAGUUGCGCCUCCUACCCAGGACGAGACCUCCGAUCUUGGACCCAUUCCAACGCCUUAUAAGGUCACUCGUGUGCUGGAGUCUCCCACACCUGAAUCUGGACACAAGGGACGUUCAAAAUCACGAGAAAACUGGCAGUUGAAAACCAAACCCACGGUUGUGGCCACUGGAAACGGGAAAAGCGAACGACCGUACAACGCCUCCUGUCCGCUAUCUUGUAGCUGCGAACUGCCCGAACCCAGUCAAGGUCUGAGGGUUAACUGCGAGGGUAAGAAAAUAGAUAACAUAUCUAAUCUGAAACCCAAACCAAUCAAUGUCCACGAGCUAAAUCUGAGAGACAACAACAUCCACACUGUAAAAAAGAAUCACUUCGUUGGACACCAAAAUCUUAACCUUCUCGAUUUGGGGGGUAACAAUAUCAAAUUGAUAGAAAAUAGCACUUUUCAAAACCUUACCCGCUUGAGAUGGCUGUACAUCGAUAAGAACUAUCUGGAUACCCUUACUAUGGAGAUGUUUAUCGGACUGCAGAGCCUGGAAUAUCUCAGUUUGGAAUAUAACGACAUACAGCUUGUUAUGGCUGGCACAUUCAACCCCAUGCCCAGUCUGAGAGUCCUCUUCCUCAACAAUAAUUUGUUAAAAUCCUUGCCAGUGGAUGUUUUCCUUGGAGUUUCCCUGUCAAGAAUUAGCCUGCAUAACAAUUAUUUUACGUUUCUGCCGGUGACCGGUGUUUUAGAUCAGCUUAUGUCCAUUAUACAGAUUGAUUUGCAUGGUAACCCAUGGGAUUGUACCUGUAACAUUGUACCGUUCAAGCAAUGGACUGAGAAGCUCGCGUCAGAUGUUAUCGUGAGUGAUCUGAAAUGCGAAUCUCCCGAGGAGUUCUGGAAAAAAGAUUUCCGGCUGCUCGGAAACGAUGUGUUGUGUCCUCAGCUCUACGACAAAAUCUCCCCUACGUCUAUGUCUAAAAACAGUACUUUUGCCGCAGAUGCAGGGACUCGCUCUAACUCGUAUCUCGAGCCGAGCAGAGUAUCCAUCUCUGUUUUGGUCCCUGGGCUGCUGCUGGUUUUUGUCACAUCUGCGUUCACAGUUGUUGGGAUGCUUGUGUUUAUCUUGCGGAAUCGUAAGAGAUCAAAGCGAAGAGAUGGCAACUCAUCAGCGUCAGAGAUCAAUUCCUUACAGACAGUGUGCGACUCAUCGUACUGGCACAGUGGACCUUACCACGCAGACGGUUCCCACAGAGCUUAUGACUGUGGUACCCACGCACUCUCUGAUCAGUAGCGUGUAGUGGAGAAUGAGAAAAUACAAAAAAGCGGAAUAUGAACAGUAAAAUUAUAACCCUACUGUGAACUGUUCCAUUGACAUUUGAAGACAAAUGUUAAAAGCUUCUUAUUCGCUUUGUCGGAUGUAGCCUAUUUUUGUUCGCCUCAGUUGACUGUAGUGUCAGUGAGUGUCCGCUACUGAAUCAACUGUAAUAUAUGUAGCUAUAGACCCUCUCCAGUACAGAUAUUUGCCGCAAUCAGACGUAACAUCUGAGAAAGAAGACUCGGUCGGGAAAGCUGCACGAGCGCAUGAAUGUAAUGUAUAUAAAUGACUACCAUACCUGCAUGAUUCGCAUGGUCUCAACACUUCACUGGGAUCCGUAUCAUAUUUACAAAGAAGCAUAUUCGACCCCUUCUUUAAUGUUAUAAAUAUAAAUAUAUACAUAUAUAAAAUUAUA